AUGACCGUCGGCAGCGACGUGUCCUCGCUCUUUCCGGAUGUUGUGAACUGCAUGCAGACCAACAGCUUAGACUUGAAGAAGUUGGUGUACCUCUACGUCAUUAAUUAUGCCAAGGCUCAGCCGGACUUGGCCAUACUUGCCAUCCACUCCUUUCGGAAGGACGCCAAUGACCCCAACAACCCGCUCUUGCGGGCCUUGGCGGUGCCUGGGACGCACGAGUAUCCGAAGCAGCCCGUGCGGACCAUGGGCUGCAUCCGCUUAGAGCAGAUGACGGAGUACCUGUUGGAGCCCUUGCGGAGGAGUUGCAACGACACGGACCCGUAUGUGCGGAAGACUGCGACGAUGUGUGUGGCCAAGCUAUACGACAUCAACCCUGAGCUGGUGGAAGACCAGGGCUUCCUGGAGAUUGUGCGGGACAUGCUGGGAGAUGCAAACCCGCCAGUGCCCCGGGAGCGGAUUCUGGUGAUUGUGAUGGUCGUGGCCAAUGCCGUGGCCUCGCUUUGCGAGAUCUCCACCUCGGCCCGGAAGAACUUCCUGAAGCUGGAUGAGGACGUCAUCUCCAGACUCCUGCCGGCACUCAACGAGUGCUCGGAGUGGGGUCAAGUCUUCAUCUUGGACGCGCUGGCCAUGUACGACCCCCCCAACUCCAAGGUGGCAGAGGCCAUCCUGGAGCGAGGUGUCAUUGCACGGCUGCAGCACGCCAACAGCGCGGCAGGGCUCCCGAGCGUGCUUGCAAGAGCCAUCAAGGUGAUCAUGAAGUUCAUGGACCGGCUCUCGAGCCACGAGCUGGCCCGGCAGCACAGGAUGACGCCCCCCUUGGUGACGAUGCUCUCCGCGGAGCCAGAGAUCCAAUACGUGGUGAUGCGCAACAUCAACCUCAUCGUCCAGAAGCAGCCCAGCAUCCUGCAGACGGACGUGCGGAUGUUCGUGUGCAAGUACAACGACCCCCUCUACGUGAAGCUCGAGAAGAUCGUGGUGAUGGUGCAGCUGGCCUCAGAGAGGAACAUCGACCAGGUGCUUUCCGAGUUCCGGGAGUAUGCAUCAGAGGCGUCGACCGGGUGGGUGAGGUGGCUGAAAGGUCGGGGCAUCGGAGCGAUGGAAGAUGCCGCGGCAUGGAGCCGCCAGGACCUGGCGGAGUGCCUUCGGAGCAAGGCGGCGUUCGUGCGGCUGGAGCGGCCGAACCGAGUCUGCCUCGGCUGCCGGACCAGCCUGGAGCCGGCCAAGGGGAAGUGGGUGCACUACGCGGUGUGCCCGCACAGCACCUUGGGAGUGAACAGACGGCUUCCCCGGCAGAAGCCGCCGGAGGCGGUGCGGCUGUGCCGCAACGCCCCGGAGCUGCGGAAGCGGAGCUCCAGCCACCUGGCGCUGGUGAAGCGCGGGGAGCGGCCCAAGAUCCAGCACCUGCGCCUGCUGAGGCGGUGCCAGCACGGACAUCGGGCCAGGACCUGCGUGCAGUGCCAUGGAUGCGAGCACGGGAAGCUCCACUACCGCUGCCAGGAGUGCAGAGAGGACUGCCCUCAUGGGAAGUUCUUCCGACACUGCAACGUCUGUGCAGGCUGCGAGCACGGGGAAGUCAAGGAUAGCUGUAAGAAGUGUCGUGGCUGCAAGCACGGCGUCCUCAAGGUCGCCUGCCGGCUCUGCAACCCUUGCCCUCACGGGCGCCUGAAAAGCGGCUGCAUCCAGUGCAGCCAGUGCCCGCACCAGCGCCUUCGGCAGAACUGCCCCAAGUGCAGCGGCUGCAUCCACGGGAAGGUUUGGCAGCACUGCACCGUGGACAUUGUGGUGGUCCGACACUCCGUGCGGGCCAUUGGUCAGGCGGCCAUCAAGAUUGAGCGGGCUGCCGAGCGGUGUGUGGACUGCCUACUGGAGCUCAUCAAGACCAAGGUCAACUACGUGGUCCAGGAGGCCAUCGUCGUGAUCCGUGACAUUUUCAGGAAGUAUCCGGGCAAGUAUGAGAUCAUCAUCUCCGACUUGUGCGAGAACCUGGAUAGCCUGGAUGAGCCUGAUGCCAAGGCGGCCAUGAUUUGGAUCGUCGGGGAGUACGCCGAGAGGAUUGACAACAGCAGUGACCUGCUAGAGUCCUUCUUGGAGUCCUUCCACGAGGAGCCGGCCUCCGUGCAGCAUCAGAUCCUCACGGCCACAGUGAAGAUGUGCAUCAAGAUCCCGCAGUCCUCCCGGGAGCUGGUGGGCCGAGUGUUGAAGCUGUGCACCGACGAGAGCACCAACCCGGACCUCAGGGACAGGGGCUACAUGUACUGGAGGAUGCUGAGCAAAACGCCCGAGCUGGCCAGACAGGUUGUCCUCAGCGAGAGGCCGACCAUCAGUGAGAACUCUUUUGCCUUGCAGCCCAGGGUUCUGGACCGCCUGAUCACCAACAUCUCCACCUUGGCCUCGGUGUACCACCAGGUGCCGGAGGCCUUCUGCGACCUGAACCGGGGCGCGCGGAACGUGGAGGAGGACGAGUCCGAGGACUACUCGGAGACCAUCCAGCGGGUACAGGAGGAGAUUCAGCAGACUGCCGGGAAGACGUACGAAGAGGAGUCUGGCGAAGAGGUCAGUGAGGAGGAGAGCGAGAGCAGCGGCUCCGAGAAGGGUGCGGCCGCCAGCGGCGCUGCCGGCGCGCCGCCGCCGCCGCUGCGGCCCUUGGCGCCGGUGCUCACCGAGCAGACGCCUGGGCAGCAGGGCAAGGUGGCUGCCGCGGUGGUUCGGGGCAACGGGGGCGCGGUGGGCAUGCAGCUUAUGGUGGGGAACUUCUCUCCACAGCCGAUGAGCGGCUGGGCUGUGCAGAUGAACAAGAACCCCUUCGGCCUGGCUCCUGCGGGACCGCUGCAGCUGAAAGAGGUGCCUCCCAACGGCACGGCCAAAGCCAUGCUGCCGCUGGCGCCUAAUCAGCUGGCCUCAGGUGCCCCGCCUUCAAUGCCGCUCUUCCUGGAGGUGGCGAUCAAGACCAAUGUGGACGUCUUCUACCUCAGCGUUGGGUACGACCUGUCUGCGGUGCUUGCAGACAACGGGCCGAUGGCCAAAGACGCGUUCCAGCGGGUGUGGACGAGCGCGCCGCCUGACAAGAAGGCGACCCGCCGAGUGGGCGAGGGGGGAAGGGGGCCUGGCGCCACAUAG